AUGGACACUACUUCAGAGGCAACUGGAGAUGAGAGUCUUCCUUCUCAGAUGGAGACUCUUGCCGUCUCGGAUAAUCUGAAGACUUCUCAGCCAUCCGACGAAGGGACUGAAGCUAAUGAGACGGCAAUCGACACGGCCUCCAUCGCCACCACUACCGACGCCUCACAAGAAAACCAGACCUUUUUGCGGGGUGAGGCAACAGAGGCCGUCACAGAUAGCGAUCGCGUCGCCGCCUCUGGGAAUCUCAAGAUACGCUCAAAACGCACCGAGCGACGUCAGCGUAAGAUGCUGAAGAAGACCGCCAAGAAGUCGUCACAGCCAACCCACCUUUUCGACCUUCCGAACGAGGUCCUCAACAACAUCAUGGUCUUUCUUCUACCCAGCGAUCUUUUCAGAGUCUCCCGCACAUGUCGCCAUCUUUACGAGUACGUGAAGCACGACGAGACCAUCCUCGCUCGCGAAAUCAUUGCCGCCAGAUACCCUAUCCUGGAGAAGUGCUUUCGUCUUCCGAUUCCUCUCAGUGAGGUAGACCCCGAGACCCACAGCCGUCUUCAGCAUCCAGACAGAGUGGCCGCGCUUAAUAUUCAUCGCCGUUAUCAGCAUAUUCCUCCCGCUGAUCCUUAUCGCACCUGUACUUGCCUCACCUGCGUCAUCAGAUGGAACGCGCUCUGCAAUGCUGUCGAUUUCUCCAACUGGCAGCAAAAUCUGGAAAAGGGCGAGCCAAUUCCCAUGAUGGAUCGAGGCAAGCCCUUGCCCGAGUGGAAUCGUCUUCUCGUCGAUCAGACCAUGAACCUCGUCUCCAGGGCAGUUACUUCUCCCCUGCUACAUGCCUGUAUCCUGGAGAGCCACCUCAAGAACACCGUUGUAGCCAUCAAGCGUCACAGUCAAAAUAAGGGCAAUAAGAGACGUCACUUUCAGAUGACGCAGGCCGACAUCGAGUCUCAGUCCGAUCUGUUCCUCGAUAGACAGGGGCCCGUCACUACUGAGCUACCUUUUCACCGCGACAACUACUACAUGCUCGAGGCUAUGAUGCCUAGCCGCACGUGGCUCACUGAGAAGAAGCGGUGGGGAUACAUGCCGGCGGAGGCGCAUCACAAUGACCUGGCGUGGGUCGCGACAAGGUGGCAGAUGCCACGGCCGUCUUAG